ACAUUCAAAGAAGAACCCAAUCAGACAAUCGAUUUUUCUUGUCUCGAAAUAAAUUUAACAUUUUUAGUGAUAAACAGUGUUUAAACAAAUUCCUGAUUAUCAAUUUAUCCAGGAACUUGAAGUAGUUUGCGUGUUAUGUUGACAAUAAGGUUUUUACAUUAAAAAUCGAACUUGUUUAAAAUGAUUUAAUUGCAAAAAAAUUAUCCAUUUACUAACAAAAUUUAAACGAAAAUUAGAAAAAAAAAAUCAAAACUAAAUUAGGAAACGAAAUUAAAUUUUAAAAAAUUCACACUUAAAAAAAAACACAUAAAAAACCAAAAUGAAGAAGGCACCAACUCAACCUGUGCAUGGUAACGAAUGUUUGGGUUCGAAGAAAACUGCAAUUAUUGUUAUCACCGUCGUUGGAUGCAUUGCAAUAUUAUGGCCAAAAGUAUUUCAUCCAAUGAUGUUUGGCGGUGCUUUGCCAAAACCUACACCAAAAGAACAUCGUCUUCCUGGAGGAUGUUGCGAUGUCGUCCUUGAUAGGGAAAAAUUCUUAAAUUCCACCCCAUUUGAAGUUGGACCACAUUUAUAUCGAAAGCAAUUGAACUUGCUAACUGGCGAAUUGAGCUUACGUCAAGAAAGACCAUCGCAUCUACAUCCGGAAUCUAUAUACCAGUCAAUGAAGGAACGGGGUCGAGCAAUUCCAGCAACACCUACAGUUCCCAUUAUUGAAAGGGCAAAAUCUACUAGCAAUCCACCCCCAAGAAUCGUGGAAGGAAGACCUGGACCUAUUCCUGGUAUGCGUCCUCCAAUGGGAGCUGGUUCUGUUCACCAGGCCCAACCAAAAGGAAGCAGUAUGGGACUUAUAAUGCCAUUGUACACAAUAGGAAUAAUAGUUUUCUUCGUUUACACAAUUAUGAAGAUUGUCUUCAAAAAACCAAUUCCCAAUGCACCAUACGGGCCAGCACCAGCUGAUCCUACCUUCAGAAAAGAAGUGUUUGGCCAAGAUAAAAAAGCUGACGAACAAAAUGGCACCAAAUUAGGGUGGAGAGAACAUCAUACAAGAUCUAACCAGCAACAAGAACUCUGUAGCCGGAUUAAUUGCCAAGAUCAAAGGCUUCGAGACAUGCCAUCAUCUAACAUUAUAGUUGCUACUAACGGCUCCUCGCAAAGCGUUGGCCAAUCAUCCAGCUAUCAACUUGCAAAAUCAAUCCAUCCAAUAAAUAAGGAAUCUGAGCAAUUAAUGGAAAUUGAAAAAUUAAGGAAAAAACUUGAGGAAACUGAAAAGGCUAUGGCUAAAUUAAUAGCCGAAAUGAAUUCAGACCAAUUCCAAACAAAGGAAACAAACGACAAAACGAUGACAUUAGAUAGUGAAACUAUUUCAAAUGGACAAACAAAUAUUAACGAAUGUGAUGAUCCUAAUUCUAUAGAAAAAUCCGUAGGUGCAAAACCUCUAGACGAUGUGGAAAACUCCAAACAUGAAGUUGUUGAACGUAAAAAGAGAGACGGUAGUGUUGAUAGAUCGGUGGCGGUGCUUGGUAUGGAGGUAACAGCUAGUUGUGAAGGUGGCCAAAAGUGGAGCGGUCGUCCUUCCACACCAGUUUUUUUCUCACAUCCCGAACAUUCCAGUGAAAAACUUGAAGAUCCCCCGGUACCCCAGUCUAUAUAUUUAGAAGGAUCUUUAGGACAUGAUUCUCAAAUACUGGUAUCAGAUUCUGAGACUCGAACAGAAGAAGUUUUUGAUAAGGAACUCAAUGGAUCUCCGGAAGAACCAGCUGUUGUGCUAAGCAGUAAAAUGACAUUAUCCUUAAUCAAUCUUGAUGCAGGUGACUUAAACAAUCAUGAAAAGACGACCCCCGCAAGUGAAUUGGAGAGCCCUCUGGCAGAUGAUAUUGAAAUUAUUGGACACGACGAAAAUUAAAAUUGUUCAGAAAAAUUGUCAAAAUUAUUUCCAAAUAUGUAAUACAUUCUUGUUCAUUAAUAUCUUUUUAAUUUUUCGUCUUUGUAUUUUAAAUACAGGAUAUUAAAUAAUCUUUUUUAAAAAGAAAAAAAAAAAACAAUCAAUGACGUGCACACUUUUUGGAAAAAAAAAAACAGAAUGUUAAUGUAUAAAUGAAAAUAUACAUACUCCAAUUUAAGAUUAUGAUUGUUAUUUAAGAUAAAUGACUGAUGUUAGAUAAUUAUUUGUUUAGUUUGUUAUUUAUUUAUUUAUGGAUAAAUGUUGUUUUAUAUAAUUUGGUCAAACCUAAAAGCACACUUAUUUAAGUAAGGUCUUGGAAAAGCUUAUGGAUGUGCAAUCUUUUAGUGUAACUGUGUUUUAAAUUCAAAAUAUCAAAAUCAAUAUUGGUCUGCACAUUCAAAAACUUUACUAAGCUAUGAUACAAUCUGUAAAUAGGCUAUAAGACCGUUUCUCUAAGCCCAUAUAUUGCCACGAAACAAAAAAAAAAAAAAAACUUAUAACUAGAAAACCUAUUAGUU